AUGAACUCCACUCGUGCCCAGAUGGCCGCCUUUUGGCAGACCUACGUCGCCGGCCUCGAACCUUGCACUCUCAACCUUGCUGGUGGUGGCCGAUCCGUCGGCACCCAGCAUCGCACCAUGAACAUACCCGUCCAUGACGGUGGUCUAGCCAGACUUCGGCGGUUCUGCAACGACACCGACGUGUCCUUGGCCGCUGCCUUGAAGGCUGCCUGGGCCAUGGUCCUCCAGGCCUACACCAACGCUGACGGCGUGCUCUUCGAGGUCGUCGAAGGCUCGCUAGGAACUGAGAAGGGUUCCGGGGAGCAGACGACUGUCUGUGAUCCCCUGGCAUCUCUUGCCCGUUUCCAGUUCGGAAACGAAAUGACCUGCGGACAAGUCGUCAGCAGCAUUGACGCAGACCAGUCUAGCAGCGUCAUGUUCAAGACGGCGAAUAUCGGCGACGCCUUGGGUGCCGCAUCUGGAACGAACGAAUACACGACGUCCUUUGUGUCCGACUGGGAGGCCGGCCACGUGGCUGCAACUUUCAACCACAUGAUGAAUUUCAUCUCAUCUCGAUCCACGACGCCAAUCGCGUUGCUGGAAGUCAUCCCCCGUUCUCACCUAGACGAGAUCAAGCGCUGGAACUGCGCAGAUCCUCAAGCACUCCAAACUUGUGUCCACAAAGUCUUUGAAGCCCGCGUCGCCUCACAGCCCGACGCCAUCGCCGUGGCUACGCGGCAAGGCGACCUCACCUACCGCGAACUCGAAAACUUGGCCAACAGCCUGGCACAUCACCUCGUCGAUCUUGGUGUCCGGCCAGAUAUUCUUGUUCCCGUUCUCUUUGAAAAAAGCGUCUGGGCCUUGGUGUCAUGGUGGGCCAUCUUGAAGGCUGGCGGCGCUUUUGUACCGAUGGAUGUCGGUCAUCCCGACCAGAGACUUCAUGAUAUCAUCGCAUCAUGUCAAGCAAGCAUUAUUUUGGCAUCGCCUUCAAGUGCGACCCGAAUCUCAACCUUGGACAGCCACACUCUCGUUAUCGAUCAGGAUCUGAUGGAUACGCUACCGAAGAAGACAUCACCACCACAGACGGCCGUCGCUCCCCACCAUGCCGCUCUGGUCAUCUUCACCUCCGGUACAACAGGAAAGCCAAAGGGCAUCGUUCUUGAGCACAGUGCAGUUUGUACAGCAUCUGCCACCCAAGCGGUGACCUUCAACAUGGGCCCCGGCGAUCGUGUCCUACAGUUUGCCUCGUACACCUUUGACGUCGCCCUCGCAGACAUGUGCACCAAUCUGAUGGCCGGAGGGUGCGUAUGUAUCCCGUCAGAUCACGAGCGCAUGAGUAAUCUUUCCGGAUUUAUUACCGACAUGGGCGUCAACUAUGCAAAUUUGACAACCACCGUCGCCGGUCUCCUGGACCCUGCAGCAGUGCCUGGCCUGAAGACUUUGGUGUUGGCCGGUGAAGCAAUCACAAAGGAGGCUCUGACGACGUGGUCCGGCGUUCUCAACCUGUACAACGGUUACGGACCCGCGGAGUGUUCGUUGUGCACUGCCUACGGGCCCAUGUGCGUGGACGACGAGCCAGCCAACAUCGGGCUGGGUCUCGAAACCAUUUGCUGGGUUGUCGACCCAAACGAUCACGAUCGCCUCAAGCCCAUCGGAGCCGUGGGCGAGCUGCUCAUCGAAACUCCGCUCAUGGCACGUGGCUAUCUGAACGAUCCGGAGAAGACGCAGGCUGGAUUCAUCUACAAUCCACGCUGGGCAUCUGAUGGGCCUGGCUGGCGGCGGCGCAUGUACAAGUCUGGCGAUCUGGUUCGGUAUAAUGAGGAUGGCACCUUGAUCUACUUGGGUCGAAAAGACGCCCAGGUCAAGAUUAAUGGUCAGCGAGUCGAAUUAUCCGACAUUGAAUUCCACGUCCGGGCGAAUCUGAGCAAGGCCAGCCAAGUUGCUGUUGACUUGGUCCAACUAUCUGGCUCUGAUGCCCGAAAGACAGUGGUUGCCUUUGUUUGCGUCGAGCAGGAGAACAAUGAAACGGCAGACGACUCUUCUGAUGCGCUUUUCCUUCCCAUUUUGGACGAUCUUCGACCUCAUCUUUUGGCUCUGGAAGAGAAGCUCUCAAGUCACUUGCCAGGAUACAUGAUCCCAUCAAUGUACAUCCCGGUGAAAAAUUUGCCAGUCACCAUAGCUGGCAAAUUAGACAAGAGAUCCAUCCGCACUCACAUCGCCGGACUAUCAAGAUCGCAAAUCGAUAGUUACUUCCUCAUCGACCCUGCCUCUGCUGGAACGAACGAUUCAAUGUCUCAACCACAGCUCAAGGUCUACGAGCAUUGGAAACAAGUCCUGUCUCUGUCGCAGGGGAAAGCGGUUCGUCCCGAGGAAAACUUCUUCAGGCUUGGUGGAGAUUCUUUAACUGCGAUGAAACUUUCAAUCUCGUUGAGAAAAGAUAAGUUCUCUCUCAGUGUUGCUGACAUCUUCCGCGGGCCGACCCUUGCCCAGAUGGCGGCUCUGAUGACUCCUGUGGACGAGACCGAAGACGAGACUACCUCAGCUCUGGUUGAACCCUUUUCCUUGAUCAACAAACACCACAAGAACUCAGUCCUACAAGACGCUGCUCUGCAGUGCUCUGUGGAAGUCGAGUCAAUCAUGGACAUCUUCCCAUGUACGCCUCUCCAAGAGGGCCUGAUGGUCUUGUCGGACAAGGAGCCUGGUUCUUACGUGGCGAGGAACGUUUUCCAGCUCGGCCCGGACGUCGACAUCAAUCGUUUUAAGAACGCAUGGGUAGAGACAGUCCGGACUACUCAGAUUCUCCGAACCAUGAUUGUACACAACGAUGCAAUGGGAUCUUUACAGGUCGUUGUUGAUGGUGUUGCCUCCUGGGAGGAUAGCGAGCUCAGUCUCGACGUCUACCUUGCCGAGACCAAACCCGCCAACAUGAUCUACGGAGACCUAAUGAGUCGUCAUGCAAUCGUCGGGAACGGUAGGGAGAGGUAUUUCGUCUGGACAGCACAUCACUGCGUCUUUGAUGGCUGGUGCAUCCCUAUGCUCGUCGAAAAGCUCGCGGCCCUGUAUGACGGCACGCCCAUCCCCCCAUCGACGCCCUUCAAAGCUUUCAUCCGCCACCUCCAGGACCUCGACGAGGGUAUCGCAAGCCAGUUCUGGAGCCAACAGUUGGAGGACUCGAGACCGGGUUACUUCCCCAAGCCAAGUACGCAAGACGAGUCUCAGGAUUCCACCGUUGAGAGCGUCGUGACCGAUCUUGUUCGCUUCUCUCCGGAGGCAACCGGCAUCACUCCAUCCACCAUUCUUCGGGCUGCCUGGGCGCUGGUCGUCGGGAAGAACUCCGAUCAAAACGACUUCACCUUUGGAGCGACUGUCACCGGUCGCAACGCGUCACUCGAAGGAAUCGACACAAUGAUCGGACCGACAAUCACUACUGUGCCGAUCAGAAUCCGCAUCGACAAGGAUCAAAGCGUGUCCAACUUCUUGGAGACGCUGCAAUCUACCUCGACCGAGAUGAUUCCCUUUGAGCAUUUCGGUCUGCAGAACAUCAGCGCCAUCAACAGCGAUGCCAAGUCCGGCUGCGGCUUCCAGAACGUCCUCGUCAUCCAGCCCCAGUCGGAGGAGACCGCCUCAUCGACCGGCUUGGACAUUCAGUUGACUAACAAGGGCGGCAUGAACGGCCACACGUACCCCCUCCUUGUCGAGUGCAGCAUGGGAAGCGAGCAGGUCAAGAUCAUUGCGCGAUACAACCCCACGUGUCUCACAGCCGACUACAUGUCGCGCGUCCUGCACCAGUUCGAACACGUCAUCGACCAGAUCACCAGCAGCUCGGAACGCAGGCUGGGAGACAUUUACUUCAUGAGCCCCCGCGACACAACGCAGCUACUACAAUGGAACGCCAAAGUACCGCGUGCUGUCGAAGCCUGUAUACAUGAGCUCAUCAGUCUUCAGGCUAAGCAGCAGCCGGACAGGCAGGCAAUCUGUUCGUGGGACGAUAGCCUCACCUACGCAGAACUUGACACCCUCUCCACUGACCUGAGCAUCCACCUUGCGUCUCUGGGCGUGUUGAGCGAAGAUAUAGUGCCACUGUGCUUCGAGAAGUCCGCCUGGACCAUCGUGUCAAUGAUAGCCAUUCUGAAAGCCGGGGCAGCUUUUGUCGCCUUGGAUCACUCCCACCCCAUCGACAGACUCAACGGUAUUGUACGAGACACGAAUGCGAAGGUCAUACUAACAUCCCCCUCCCUAGAAAACUUGCUAGAUACUACUGACAGAGUCACAGUCCCGAUAAGCAGAGAUUUCAUCGAGGCAUUGCCCCCAUUGUCCGACAAUACCUCGCCUCUGCCCAAAGCAACCCCUAACAACGCAGCCUACCUCAUCUUCACCUCUGGUUCCACCGGAAAACCAAAGGGAACCAUCCUAGAGCACAGGGCGUUCUGCUCCAGCUCGCUGGCCCACGGAAAGGCCCAGCUGACGACCUCGUCUUCGCGCGUACUCCAGUUUUCUUCGUACGCUUUCGAUGCUUCCCUCGUUGAAAUCCUCACCACCCUCAUCCACGGCGCCUGCGUCUGCGUCUUGAGCGAGGAAGAGCGCGUGGGCGACAUCGUCAGCGCAAUGAACAGGAUGGACGUCAACUGGGCCGUGCUGACCCCGUCCUUCAUCAACCAGAUCACCCCGCAGCAGGUGCCUCAGCUCAGGACCUUGGUCCUUGCCGGCGAGGCCAUGUCUCGCAAGGACAUUGAGCGGUGGGGUGCCGCGGUCGACUUGGUCAACGGGUACGGGCCCUGCGAGUGUGCCGUCGUUUCUGUGGUCAACUCUCACGUCACUGCGGACACGGACCCGAAGAACAUUGGGCUUCCUACCGGCAAUCGCUGCUGGGUCGUGGAUGCGUCGGAUCAUACCCGGCUUGCACCCAUCGGUUCCAUCGGCGAACUGGCUAUUGAAGGACCGACUUUGGCGCGUGGCUACUUGAACGAUCCGGAGAAGACGGCGCUGGCAUUCGUGGAGCGCCCGCGAUGGUUUGCCAUGGACCAAGAGACGGAUGUCUGCCGCAUGUACAAGACAGGCGAUCUCGUUCGCUACAACUCCGAUGGAUCGCUCAACUUCGUCGGUCGAAAGGACACCCAGAUCAAGAUCCGCGGCCAACGACUCGAGCUGGGCGAGAUCGAACAGACACUGGCAUCUUGUCCCGAUCUUCAGCACGUCUUCGUGACCGUGCCAAAGUCAGGCAAGCUCCAAGACCGACUCACAGCCAUCAUCACCGCCAAAGAAGGCGACACCUCAGGAGGGCCAUUAGAAGGCCCACCGACGCUAACAACGCAGCUUUCGAGAAAUGCCAUCGCCAAGAUCAUCUCGGAUACCCAUCAGAGGCUGUCCAACGCCCUACCAGUCUUCAUGAUACCCACUGCCUGGGCGGUUGUCACUGCGAUGCCGAUGAACAAGUCCGAGAAGAUUGACCGCAAGUGCCUGGACCAGUGGCUUGUUGAUCUCGACGACGAGGUGUACAGCACAAUCAUGAACGCUACAUCCGGUUCCAACGAGGGUAGCCAAGCGACCACCAAAGCUGAGAAGGCCAUUCAGCUUAUCGUCAGCCGGGUCCUGGGCCUUGGGAUUGAGAAGACAAUAAUGUCCUGGUCAUUUGUGUCAAUGGGUGGGGACUCCAUCACUGCUAUGCAGGUCAAGUCGGCUUCCAGGACGGAAGGUCUCUCUCUCACGAUCCAGGAUAUCAUUCGAAGCAAGUCCCUGAUUCAGCUCGCUCAGUGUGCCCGGGAGAUUGCGGGCCAUGAAAGACAGCCAUCGACGUAUGUCGACGAGACGGACAAGGCCUUUGACCUGUCGCCUAUUCAACAGCUGUACUUUGAUCAAGCCUUCGUCGAGGGUUCCUGGUUCAACCAAAGUAUGGCAGUCAAAGUGUCAAGUCCGCUCGAUGGCUCGGUGUUGGCCGCCGCAGUUGCAGCAUUGGUUCGCCAGCACUCAAUGUUGCGCGCACGCUUCUCCUAUGGACCCGAGGGACGAUGGUCUCAGAGGAUCACAAACGACAUUGAUAACUCGUAUAAAAUUCGGCAUUUCACAGUCGAUGAGGAGGCCGCGAUGGAUGGUAUCUCGGCGACUAGUCAGCAAGAGAUCGAUCCCGAGCAAGGUCCACUGCUCAUAGUUGACGCUUUCGACAUCGAUGACAGCCGACAGUAUUUGUUCCUCACUGCAAGUCACUUGGUCGUCGACCUCGUGUCCUGGAGAAUCCUCCUCGACAAUCUGCAGACUCUUCUCAUCAACGGCGACGCGACUAAACUCACAGCGACCCCGUUCCAGCAAUGGUGUCAGUUGCAAGCAAAGCACGCGCAGGAGGAGCUCUCACCGUCUUCCGUUGGCUGCCUCGCAACAGACAACUUCGACGUGGAAUAUUGGGGCCUCGAGAACAAAUCAAACACUUACGCCGACACCUUGACCGUCGAUUUCGCCCUCAACAGCGCAACGACCAGCAAAGUCGUCAGCGGCGCUCACCAGUCCCUCCACACCGACUUUGUCGAUCUCGCCGUUGCUGCUCUGAUGCAAUCCUUCACCCAAGCAUUCUCGACGCAGAGAGCGCCGACAGUCUUCCUCGAAGGACACGGUCGCGAGACUUGGGAUGAGGCGGUCGACAACUCUUCCACUGUCGGUUGGUUCACCACGAUGUACCCUCUCCAAGCUACCUGCGGCGAUUCGAUCGACACAGUCAUCUCCGUCAAGGAUGCGCGUCGCGCCGUAUCCAAGAACGGCUGGUCUUACUUUGCGAGCCGAUUCUUGAACCGCCAAGGCAUGGAGACUUUCGGUCAAAAUGGCCCCGUCGAUGUCAUCUUCAACUAUGCCGGACAGUACCAGCAGCUUGAGGAUGACAGUGCAUUGCUGCAGCUUGACACCAGCCAUUUUACAGGAGCCACGCUGAACGACAUCUCGACCUCUACUCGGCGCUUCGCGGUGUUCGAGGUCAAUGCCGAGGUUCACCAUGGCGUUGCGAGCUUUUCCAUUGUCUACAACAGGAACAUCAAGAACGCUAACUUGGUGAGCGACUGGUGUCGCAAGUUCCGAGACACACUCACAGAGACUGCAUCGCGUCUGACGAACAUGGAGCAGAGGUACACAGUGUCCGACUUCCCUCUGCUAUCGCUGUCACCCACCAUUCUCGACGAGUUGCUCUCCCGUAAGCUACCUAGCUUGGACUUGUGUCAACAAGAUGUCGAGGACAUGUAUCCCUGCUCUCCGAUGCAACAGGGCCUUCUCGUCAGUCAGGUCAAGCAGGCUGGAAGCUACGAUGUCCAGUUCUACUGGGAGAUUGUCGGUUCAAUCAGCUGCGAACUGCUCGUAGACUCUUGGCAGCUGGUUGCAGAUCGACAUCCUAUCCUUCGAACCAUUUUCCUCGAGAGCACUCGCGACGACGGCCUGUUCGACCAAAUCGUCCUCAAGCCUCGCGCCGUGCCUUGCCUGGUGAAUGUCCUCGACGAUACACAAGACAACACGCCGUCACAAUUCUUUGCCGAGGGCAGCGACCUGCCCCUGGAAAGCAGUGGAAAACCCCGGUACUGCUUGUCGAUUCUGAGAACCGGCGGCCAGACUCUUUGCAGACUCGACAUCAGCCACGCGUUGAUUGACGGCGGUUCGACCGCGUCCUUGGAGCACGAUUUUGCACUUGCUUGUAACGGUCAACUGGCGAGUCUCAACCCCCCACCUCCCGUGUAUAGAGACUUUGUCGAGUACAUUUCGACGCGGCCGAUGGCAGAGAGCGUCGAGUACUGGACCAACUACCUCCGCGACGCCGAGCCCAGCCCCUUGCCGCCACUUCUCGACAACAACACCGAUUCAAGCGAGAUGCCGGAAGUGCGCUACGUUGACGUCGAGCUAGGAGACACGACACGACUGAUCAACGAGUUCUGUGCCAACGAGGGAUUCACCGCUUCCAACCUGUUCCAGGCUGUCUGGGCUAUUGUGUUGAGGACUUUUGGCACUUCUGAAACUACCUGCUUUGGAUAUCUCGCUUCCGGGCGUGAUUUGCCGAUUUCUGGGAUCCAGGAUGCCAUUGGGCCGUUCAUGAAUAUGCUCAUUUGCAAGCUGGUCGUCUCCAAGGAGGCCACGGUCGACAGCAUCUUGGGCAAAGUUCAGGAUGAUCUUUUGCAUAGUUUACCUCAUCAAGUUUGCUCCAUGGCGGAAAUCCAGCACUCGUUGGAUCUGUCCGAAGGAUCGUUGUUCAACACCGUCAUGUCAUUCCAGAGGCUGGACAAGACUGAAUCCACCGAGGACAAUGGCAGCAUUAGGAUUGUCAAUCUUGGUGGAAAGGAUGUUUCAGAGUUUGACAUCACAGUCAACGUCGGUCACUCCCAGGACGGCUUCGAGGUUUCCCUGGGAUACUGGUCAAACUUCAUGUCUGACGGAUUUGCAACCCAUGUCGCAGCCACCUUUGCGCACAUCUUGGCUGAAGUUGUCCGGGCGCCUGGCCAAAAGGUCGGCGACAUCAACUUGCUAAGCCAAAGUAGCCUCAGCACCAUCAAGGACUGGAACAACUGGACUCCCGACAGCUUUGAGGAUUCUAUACAAGACAUCUUCGAGGCCCACGCUGCAUCGAAUCCCCAACGACCAGCCUUGUGUAGCAUGGAUGGGGAACUCACCUACGGCGAGUUGAGGCAGCUUUCGGACACUCUAGCGCAUCACCUCAUCAGCAUAGGACUGGAGCCCAAUACCUUCGUCCCCAUCAGUUCGGAAAAGUCCAUCUGGGCUAUUGUUGGUAUGAUGGCUGUCCUGAAAGCCGGAGCAGCUUUCGUUCCUCUCCCUCCCUCUGAUCCACUUGCAAGAAAGGAGCAGAUUCUGGGACAGAUCAAAGGGACCGUUAUUCUUCUUUCAGAAACAGAGACUACGACGUGGUCCCCAAGAGACGGUCUCACAGCUGUACCAAUCGGUCCCAACUCCAUCGCGCGGCUUCAAUCAUCUCCUGACAGCUUAACCCCAAAACCAUCCUCAACCAGCGCCGCCUACGCACUCUUUACCUCGGGCAGCACCGGCGUACCCAAAGGCGUAGUAAUCGAGCACGGAUCCCUCGUCGCCAGUUUGUACGGCCAAGGCCGCGUAUAUGGCAUGUCCCCCGAGACCCGGUCCCUCCAGUUUGCAUCAUACACCUUUGACGCAUGCAUCAUCGAGAUCUUCGGCCCGCUCUUCCACGGCGGCUGCGUCUGCGUCCCAAGCGACUCGUCUCGCCUGGACGACAUCGUCAACGUGGUGCAGGCCCUGCAGCCGAACUGGACGUUCCUGACACCCUCAUUCCUGCGGCUGCUCGAGCCGAGCCAGAUCCCGAGUCUCACGACCAUCGUGGUCGGAGGCGAGGCGCCGGAUCGCCAGGGCUUGCAGAUCUGGCAGCCCGUGUUGGAGCAGCAUAUGAACGGCUACGGGCCGACAGAGACGUGUAUCAUCUGCGUGAUCAACUGCUUCGACUCUCCGACUACCAACCCGGCUUGUAUCGGAAAGGGCGUCACAGCCAGGACCUGGGUCGUCGACCCCGAGGACCACCAUCGUCUUAUGCCGGUCGGCUCCAUCGGAGAAUUGCUCGUACAAGGUCCCAUCUUGGCAAGGGAGUAUCUCGGAGACGCCGAGAAGACGGCCAGCGCCUUUAUCGAGUCUUGUGCCUGGUCGGAUUUGAAGCCAUCUUCCCCUGCGUGGGAGCGACGGUUCUACAAGACUGGCGACCUCGUUCGGUACAACCUCGAUGGCAGUCUGAACUAUCUCGGCCGCAAAGAUGCUCAAGUCAAGGUCCGAGGCCAGCGCCUUGAGCUUGGCGAGAUCGAGUCCCACGCAAAGUCAUUAUGGGGAGAAGGCUUGGUUGUCGCAGACGCGGUGAAGCUCGGAGCCAGGGGCGACACUCAAGUCCUGGCAUUGUUCGUCACCGCAGACUGCUCCCUCGACAACGGGCAGAAUAUCCCGACGAGCCUCAGCAAAACCCUUGAGCAAAGGCUCAGACACCUCGACGAGGGCUUGAGAGCCCGGCUACCCGGCUACAUGGUCCCGUCCAUCUACAUCCCAACCCAGGAAAUUCCACUCAGCAUCGCCGGCAAGACUGACAAGCGAAAGCUUCGGGGCUGGGCGCACGACAUCACCGAGGAGCAGAUCCUCCUGUUCACUCUCGCCACCCAGAAUAAGCGCAGCCCGUCGACGGCGAUGGAGCAGACGUUGCAGAAGCUGUGGGCUGAAUUGCUUGGAUGUCCUCCCUCAUCCAUCGGCUGCGACGACAGCUUCUUCCGUCUUGGAGGCGAUUCCAUUCUGGCGAUAAAACUUGUGGCCUCUGCUCGGAAGGCUGGCGUCUUCCUGAACUUCCCCAUGAUCUUCAACGCACCGAUACUAGCCGACAUGGCGAAACAGGCUUACGCCCUGAGCGAGGAAUCAGCUGAGAAGCAGGCCGAGAAAGAUCGACUGCGCACCGGUUCGGCGCCCUUCUCGCUCAUCGACCAUGGGUGUGACACCGUCCGCAAGGAAAUCUCGGAGCUUCUCAACAUUCCCUCUCAGAACAUCGAAGACGCUUACCCGUGCACAGCACUUCAGGAAGGAUUGAUGCUGCUCUCUACCAAAGAGCCUGGAGCAUAUGUCAGCAGGCAAGUCUAUCAGCUUGAUCAAUCCAUCGACCUGGACCGCUUCCGCCAGGCCUGGGAGACCUUUGUUCAGUCGACCUCCAUCCUCCGCACCCGCAUCGUCAACCUCGAUCUUCUUGGCACAGUCCAGGUUGUAUUGGAGGAUGGUCUCUGCUGGAAAACCAGCACCGACCUCGACGAGUACUUGGAUGCCGACGAGCACCUGCCCAUGGCAUUUGGCGAUUCCUUGUGCCGACUCGGCCUUGUUCAGAGUGAUUCAUCGGGGCAGAACUAUUUUGUUCUCACCAUCCACCACUCUUUGUAUGAUGCAUGGAGUCUGGAGUUGGUCCUCGAGGCCGUCGAGUCCAUCUAUGCUGGGCAAGCCUCCCUGCCGGCGAUGACGCCUUUCAAGGACUUCAUUGCCGAUCUGAAGCAGUCUGAAGCCUCACUUUCGAGGGACUUCUGGAUCUCUCAGCUCAAGGGCACCUCGUGCUCCCCAUUCCCUCAGCUUUCGAGCGCGAGUUAUCAACCAAAGCCCGACAAAGCCAUUUCCAAAACGGUCUCCCUCGCAGGCUUGGCCAACAAAGACGUGACUGUUGCGAACCUUCUGAGAUCAGCUUUGGCCGUCUCAAUAGCCAAGUUCACUGGCGAAGAAGAAGCAAUCUUUGGCGAAGUCUUGGCGGGAAGAAACUCGGCAGCCGGCGACGUUUCACUUGUCCUGGGACCAACGAUUACUACUGUGCCCGUGAGAAUCAAGAUUGACCAGGGACAGAGCAUCACCAACUUCCUUGCCGCCGUCCAGGAACAGGGAACAGCGACAGGCCCCCACGAGCAGUUCGGUUUGCAGAAUAUUGCUCGUCUGGGCCCCGAAGCCGCCGCCUCCUGUGCGUUCCAGACCCUCGUCGCGAUUCAACCCACCGAGCAGGCCGCUCUGGCAGCCACCGGGGUCAUGACGCUGCACCAAGUCAGAGAGGACACCUCUGAGAACCUCGGAGCGUACAGUCUCAUGCUGGAAUGCAAGCUCGGCUCCGAUUCGGCUGUGAUGAAGGCGAAGUACGACGACAGCCUGAUCACAGAGACGCAGCUACAGGGCCUCCUCGACCAGGUGGAACACAUCCUGGGGCAGUUCUCGACUGACGACUCUGCGCAAAAGGUGGCCAGCCUUCAGUCACUGAGUGCUCCAUCGAUCAAGAAGCUCAUGGAAUGGAAUGACCUUGCCCCUAUGAACAGUCCCGGGACGUGCCUUCACCACUUGUUUGAAGAUAUGGCGAGGAAGCAACCUCUUCGACCGGCCAUCCGCGGUUGGGAUGUUGACUUUACCUACCAGGAGCUCGACGAAGCUGCCACGAUUUUAUCAAGAAAGCUUAAAUCGAUGGGUGUUGGUCCUCAAGUUCUUGUUCCCCUGGCAUUCGAGAAGUCAUCCUGGGCCAUUGUCGCCAUGGUCGCCGUUCUGAAGGCCGGCGGAGCCUUCGUUCCCUUGGACGUCAACUGCCCUCUGAGCCGCAAGUCAGACAUCAUCGGCCAGACGGGCGCAAUCAUUGUCCUUUCUUCUGCGGGGCACGUUGACAAGUGGGAAUCCUUCACGAACGUUCACGUCUUGGCCGUCGACCAGGAGGCAACGACAGAAUCAACCGACGCAGAUGUCUUUUCUGACAGCGCUGCCGCCAUCGAUGCCACUGGUCCCAGCAACACCGCCUACCUCAUCUUCACGUCUGGCAGCACCGGUAGACCCAAGGGCGUCGUCAUCGAGCACUCGAUGGCCAGCGCCGGCGCCUGCGGCCACGGAUCCAUCCUCAAGUUCGGCCCCGACACGCGCGCGCUGCAAUUCUCCUCCUACGCCUUUGACGCCUGUAUCAUGGAGAUUUUCGCCACGCUGACCUACGGAGGCUGCGUAUGUGUGCCGAGCGAUGGCGCUCGUACCGGGGACAUCGUGACAAUCAUGGAACAGAUGCGAGUCAACUGGGCCGCCUUCACGCCCUCGUUCCUCAAGACGAUCCGACCAAGCGACGUGCCGCACCUCAAGACGCUCAUCGUGGGAGGCGAGUCCUGCACCGAUGACUGCGUGGAGACCUGGGCGCCCUGCCUCGAGAUGAUCCAAGUCUACGGUCCGGCCGAGUGCACCGUCAUCAGCGCCGCCAUCACCAUCGACCCCGGUUCGGCGACGGCGUUUAACAGGGCGUCGAAUAUCGGCUAUCCAGUGGCGUGCCGUCUCUGGAUCACCGACCCGCAUAACCACGACGUGUUAGCGGCCAUAGGAGCGAUCGGUGAGCUCGUGAUCCAGGGCCCCAUUGUCGCCCGCGGCUAUCUCGAUGAUCCGGAAAAGACGAGCGAGGCCUUUAUCGACUCUCCGACGUGGUUAAGCGGGCUUUACGACGGCGAGAACACGCGAAUCUAUAAAACUGGUGAUCUCGUCCGCCACAACCCCGAUGGUUCCAUCUGUUUCAUCGGACGAAAAGACCGGCAGGUCAAGGUUCGUGGGCAGCGGGUUGAGCUGGGGGAGAUUGAGCAUGUCUUGUCGACAUGUGCUGGUUCACGGCACAGCAUGAUCCUCUUGCCCAAGUCAGGGCAAUGCAAGGGGAAGCUGGUUGCUGUGAUAUCCGUCUCUCUCGUCGCUUCGGCAAGCAACUCUCCAGAGGCGAUCCAGCUUGCCAGUAUGGCGGACGGUUCCAUCUCCGAUCAGGACAUUGCAUCGAUGCAGAAACACAUCUCGGAGCAGUUACCUUCGUACAUGAUUCCCGAGAUCUGGGCUGUGGUGGCAGACGUCCCCCUCACGCCGUCGAUGAAGAUUGAUCGUCGCAUCGUCACUCAAUGGAUCGAGGGACUGGACAUGGAGACCUACACGAACAUCCUCAAGCAAGCCGGUAUCGGAAAGGACGACAUUUUGGCCAAGAACGCGGUUGAAGUCACACUGCAGCAGGUCUGGGCCCAAGUCCUGAACCUGCCGAUCGAGAUCGUCGGCACGCAAAACUCCUUCUUGAGUCUUGGCGGCGAUUCGAUCACGGCAAUGCAGGUCGUCACAAGGUGCAGGUCGGAAGGCGUCUCAGUCAACAUGCAGAACGUCCUCCGCAGCCGGUCUUUGAGCCAGCUCGCAGCCGGCGCCAAGGUGGCUACAAUUGCGCCUCUCGCCGUUGCAAUGGACGAGGACGCGGCUGAGCCAUUCGCCUUGUCGCCGAUUCAAUCGCUGUACUUUUCACAUCUUGCGUCUCAGGGAUCUGAUCGUUUCAACCAGAGCUUCCUGUUACGACUCGCAAAUAGGACUGCGCAUGGGGAGUUGCGAGGAGCCGUCGAUGCCAUCGUGUCUCGUCACGCCAUGCUCCGCUCACGAUUCCAGCAACAGGAGGACGAGACUUGGACUCAACGUGUUGAGACUGAAGUUCCGUCUUCCUACCGCUUCCAAACUCAUGAGGUGUCGUCAAAGGACGAGAUGGCAGCCAUUGCUCGCGAGACAGCCACGACGCUGUCAGUUGUCGGUCCUGUUUUCGCGGCGGAUGUGUUCCACACCGAGGACAACGACUACAUCUUCCUCGUGGCACAUCACCUGGUCAUCGACCUCGUUUCUUGGAGAGUUGUCCUCGGACAUCUGGAACAGUUGCUUUCAGGGGACUCCAUCACAUCGGCCAAGUCCAUAUCGUUCCGAACCUGGACAAAUCUCCAAGCCAGCUUUGCCCGCGAGUCUGAUGACAUGUUGCCCCAAAAGGCACUGCCUUUCGUCGUUCCCCAGAUGGAUUAUGCCUACUGGGAUAUGGAAGACAAGCCGAACUCCUACGGCGACGUGACUAGCAUGGGCUUCAUGCUGGAUGCCGCCACGACUUCGGCUCUGCUGGGUCCUUGCCAUGACGCUCUUCGCACGGAGCCGAUCGACAUCUUCCUCUCUUCAAUCAUGCACUCUUUCCGGCGUAUCUUCAACGACCGCCAUACCCCGGCUAUUUUCAACGAGGGCCACGGAAGAGAGCCCUGGGAUUCUGCAAUCGACAUCACCGAGACCGUCGGCUGGUUCACGACGAUGCAUCCCAUCCACGCCGACGUGACUACGGAUGACGUGGUAGACACUGUCCAACUCGUCAAGGACGUCCGCCAUUCUAUACCACAGAACGGCUGGCCUUACUUCGCAUCGCGCUUCCUCAACGACCAAGGACGUCAAUCAUUCGGCCAGCACGACCGCGUCGAGAUGAUGUUCAACUACUCGGGGUUGUACCAGCAGCUCGAGCGACAAGACACCCUGCUCCACCGCGAAGCCUGGGACGACGACAACGAUGUUGCCGAGAUUGGCGCGCUGAUCAAGCGCAUCUCGCUCUUUGAAAUCGGCGCCAGCAUCGAGAACGGUCAGGCCAGGAUAACCUUUAUCUUCAACCGCAACAUGCGGCAUCUCGACAAGAUUCAGGCAUGGGUCAAGGAGUGCGAGGGCGUGCUCCGCGAUUCCAUUCACAAUCUUGCGAGGAUGGAGCCUCAGUUCACGCGAACUGAUGUUCCGCUUCUCGCCCUGACGCCAGAGGAACUCCAGACUUUCAACCAGGACGUCGUGCCACUCGUUGGAUCGUUUACCGACAUUGAAGACGCGUACCCCCUGUCGCCGAUGCAGCACGGCAUCAUCAUGAGCCAAGCCAAGAAUGCCUCAAACUACAAGUGCCACUUCUCGUGGAAGGUCACAACGUCGCGGAACAACGGCAUUGUUGAUGUUGACCGUCUGGAAGCUGCCUGGAGACAGGUCGUCGAGCGUCACCCCACGCUCCGAACCGUCUUUGUCAAGUCCGCCAGCACCAAGCGACUCACCGACCAGGUCGUCCUCAGAAACAUUUCUCCGUCCGUCGUGCGAAGAUUCGCUGCCGACAACGUCGAAGCGCUGGACUGCUGCAAGGAGGAAAACUGCGAGGCCGUCGAUGCCCUGCACCAGUUGACGAUUUGCACCACGAAAGACCAUCAGACAUUCGUUCGACUCGACAUCGACCAUAGUCUUAUCGAUGGAGGCUCCCUCGGUCCCUUGCUUGGUGACUUUGUCAAAGGCUACGAUGGUACUCUAAUCGAAGGCACACGCCCCAUGUACAGAGAGUACAUUGACUACAUUCAAAGACGGCCCAUGGAAGAGUCCAUAUCGCACUGGAAGCAAUAUCUAUCAGGUGCCGAGCCGUGCAGUCUGCCCAACCUGGCAGACAUCAGCGCGUCCGAGAACAACCUCGUCACCCUCGAAGUCGACUUCACCAUCCCCGCAAAGUCCAUCAUCGACUUCUGCGCCGCCAACGAAAUCACAAUCUCCAACUUCUUCCAGGUCGCAUGGGCCCUGCUCCUCCGCACGUACACCGGCACCGACGACGUCCUCUUCGGUUACCUCACCUCGGGCCGCGAGACUCCCGUGGAGGGGAUUGAAGACGCCGUCGGUCUCUUUGCCAACAUGAUGGUGUGUCGCUUCCGCGUUCAGAGCGAGAGUCCCUUGCUCGGGCUGCUUCAGGAAGCCCAGCAAAGUUUCCUACAGAACUUGGAUCACCAGUACUGCUCGCUCGCGCAUGUGCAGCACGCUCUAGGUAUGGCUGGGCAGUCUCUGUUCAACACGGGCAUCUCGCUCCAGAGACUCCCGUCUGCGUCGGAUGAGGGGUCUUCAAGUCUGAACUUUGAGCACCUCAACGGACAGGACUCGACAGAGUACGAUCUGAUCGUCAACGUGGCUGCCAACAACGACACCGUGGGCGCAGCUCUCUCUUUCUGGACCGCGCAGGUCUCGGAAAGCAACGGAGCACACAUCGCGUCCUGCUUCGCGCAAAUUGUUUCCGAGAUCGUGGCUUACCCCUCAGGAUCCGUCGCAUCCCUCGAUCCCCUGAGUCGCCGCGACAUCGACACCAUUUGUUCCGCUCUCGCGCCGGAGCCAAUCGCCAGCUCGGCGUGCGUCCACGAGCUCUUUACCCUCGAGGCAUCCCGACAGCCCAGCAAGAUCGCCAUUGACUCUUGGGAUGGAUCAAUCUCUUAUGAAGAGCUCGAUCGCAAGUCAAGUCAGUUGGCGGCACAGCUGCAACUGGCCGGCAUCGGGCCUGAAGAUAUCGUCCCAAUCUGUUUCGAGAAGUCAAUAUGGGCGAUUGUUUCAAUGUUGGCUGUCAUGAAAGCCGGGGCCGCCUGGACUCCCAUCGAUCCCUCCCAUCCGCGGGCGAGACAUGAGGAGAUCCUCAGCCAAGUUGGCGGCCGCUGUGUGUUGACUUCUGCCACCCAUGGUAUCCUCUGGGAUGGGUUCGCAGAUGUCCGCGCCAUCGUUGUCGAAUCUAGGACGUUCUCGGAUUUGCCUAUUCCUUCGAAUACCCAGGAGCUCGCGAGACCCAGCGACAACCGUUCGAAACUUCGCAACGCUGCGUACAUUCUCUUCACCUCGGGAUCAACAGGAACGCCAAAGGGCGUCAUCAUUGAAAACGCCUCCUUCACAACCAGCAUCCUCGAGCAAGGCCGCGUCCUGCAAAUGAACCGCGACACACGUACGCUCCAGUUCACUUCUUACACGUUCGAUCCCAGUCUGGUCGAGAUCUUCUCAACCUUACUCUGUGGCGGCUGCGUCUGCACCCCUGCCGAGUCCGCACGAAUGGGAGACAUCACGAACACCAUCAACGACAUGGAGAUUACCUGGACAUCCCUGACGCCGUCUUUCCUGCGCACCAUCAACCCCGACGCCGUGCCAACAUUAAAGUCCGUGAUUGUUGGCGGCGAAAGUAUGCCAUCCGAUGUCUUCGAGGCUUGGAGACAAGGCGAUAGACAGCUCAUCCAGGUGUACGGACCUACCGAGGCAACCAUCACUUGCAUGACGAGCUCGGUUCCCGCCACGGGACCGGCACACCCCGCAAACAUUGGCAAGGCCCUGGCGUCUCGGGCUUGGGUCGUCGACGCCGUUGACCACAACAAGCUUCUGUCCGUAGGGGCCGUCGGUGAGCUCCUGAUCGAGGGCCCCAUCCUGGCACGUGGUUAUCUGGGCGAUCCCGAAAAGACAUCUUCGGUCUUUAUAGAGAACCCAGACUGGGUCGAGAAACACUUUUCACAACUCGGGUUCAUCGGAGCCAAUCCCCGACGGUUCUACAAGACUGGCGAUCUGGUUCGCCUCAGUCCCGGCGGCGAAGCUCUUUUUCUCGGUAGGAAGGGCACUCAGGUCAAGAUUCGCGGACAGAGAGUGGAACUUGGCGAAAUCGAGGCCUCUGCCAAGAUCCAUCUCGCCAGCUCACACGUCGUCGUCGACGUCGUCGCUCACCCCAUCAACAAUAACAAAGCACUCGCAAUCUUCAUCCUUACCGACGAAGAUGAGGCCGCGGAAGAGGACAGCGAAGACGAAAUGGCAAUCACACCUUCGGACCGCAUCAUCGCCAAGGUAACAGACACCAUGAGAGGCAAGCUAGUCGAGCUUGAGCAACACCUCUCGCAGUCCCUGCCAUCGUACAUGGUCCCCUCGCUCUUCGUGCCUGUUCAUCGCUUCCCCAUGACGGUCUCCGGCAAGACAGAUCGUAAGCGUCUUCGCGAAAUUCCAAUGUCUGAGGAUCAUCUCCUGCUCGCCUUGCGCAACGGCGGCGUCGUCCAACAGAGACCUCUGACCGAGACGGAGCUGCUGCUACGUCCUCUCUGGACAGAGGCCCUUAGCAUCCCCCAAGAGCGGAUCUUGGCCGACGACAACUUCUUCCGACUUGGCGGCGAUUCCAUAAACGCUAUUAAGCUCGUCGGUGCUGCUCGGGAAGCUGGGUUCGCGCUCGAGGUCUUCCACAUCUUCCAGAAUCCGACACUGGCCGAGAUGGCGGUUGCUCUCACGCGAAGUCAGCAAGCUACGCAGCAGGGGCUGAUCCCCUUCUCCUUGAUUGAGAAUGCAUCUUUCCUUGUUCAGGAUGCCGUCUCGAAAUGCAGAAUCGAGGCAGACAUCAUUGAAGACAUCUUCCCGGCUACGCCACUGCAAGAGGGCAUGAUGGCUUUAUCCGCGAGGCAAUCGGGAGCGUACUUCCUCCAGAUGGUCUUCAGGGUCCCGGCCUCAGUGGACUCGGAAAGACUGGUCGACGCCUGGAAAACCGUCACCGCCGCCACGGAUGUCCUGAGAACGCGGAUGAUUCUGUCGGGCUCCAAGACGUAUCAAGUGGUGACCACCAGCGGGGCCAGCUGGACUCGCGGCACUGAUCUCUCGAGCCAUCUCAAUGCCGACAGCGCCAGCCCUCCAGAGUACGGCGGAAGCCUCUGCCGGUUUGCUCUCAUCGAGCAGUCACCGAUCGAUCGUUACUUCGUCAUGAGCGUGCAUCACGCGCUGUAUGACGGUUGGUCAAUGGUGCUUCUCUUUGCCCAAGUCAGCGCCGCAUACCACGGCAAACCCCUCGCGAUGCAGACUCCCUUCAAGUCCUUCAUCCACUACCUACAUCAAAAUACCACUGCAGCUGACGCGUCAAAGAUCUUUUGGGAGGCUGCCGUCGCGGGUGUUUCUUGCCCAACUUUCCCUCAACUCCCGUCGUCGACCUAUCAACCGACUGCAAGCUCGACAGCUCAUCACACAACGGUCGUUUCUGGAGCAGACGCAAAGAGCCCUGGCGUCACCAUGUCCUCAUCCAUCCGUGCUGCAUGGGCCAUGGUCGUUUCCAAGUACACUUACUCGGAAGAGGCAGUCUUUGGCGUGACUUUGUCCGGUAGAGACGCCCCGGUCGAUGGAAUAUCCGCGAUCAUUGGACCUACUAUAACGACAGUCCCUUUCCGGGUGAAGAUGGAUUCGGGGUCGACGAUUAGCGAAUAUUUGGGCGCCAUUCAGAAGCACUCGGACGACAUGUCGCAGCACAUCCACUUUGGCAUCCAGAACAUCAAGAAGCUGGGGCCCGACGGGACUUCGAGCUGCGACUUCCAGACACUUCUCGUCAUCCAAUUUGACCACGAGGUCGAAAAGGAGUUCGAGGAGUUGCUGGAGCCCGUGGAGGCCGACAACUCCAACUUUGAGACCUUUGCCCUGACAAUCGAGUUCCGCGUCACCAACGACGGCGUCACCGCUGAAGCACGAUUCGACCCCGAGGUCAUCAAGCCCGAUCAGAUGCAGAGGAUGCUUCAGCAGUUUGGACACGUCCUCAAUCAACUGGUGCAAUCUGACUCGGCCCAGCCUAUCAAGCAGAUUGAUCUCCUGAGCCCGGAAGAUCGUACUGCGCUGGCAUCCUGGCAUCCCGAGCCGGAAGCUUGGCCGAGCAUCCCCCGCUCCAUGCAGGACGCUUUCCAGCAGCAGGCCAUCUUCGCCCCCUCGGCCCCGGCGAUCAGCUCGUGGGAUGGCGACUUCACCUACGAGGAGCUCCAUCGCUACUCCUCCAUCCUGGCUACGCAGCUUCGCCAUCUGGGCGUUGGUUCCGACACCAUUGUCCCCGUGUGCUUUGAGAAGUCUGCUUGGGCCAUCGUUUCCAUGCUAGGUAUCCUGAAGGCUGGUGCUGCCUUUGUUCCUCUUGAUGCUGCUCAUCCGCGGGCUCGUCUUCUCGAGAUUAUUGGGCAAGUCGACGCUCGGUUGGUUCUGACGGCUGAUGAUCUGCUUUCCAAAUGGGAGUUUGAGGACGCUUCAAACUUGAAUUUCCUGACUGUGAACCACGCAACCAUCGACGCGAUGACUUCUGCCGGUCUCACAGACUCUAUCGCGCCGGACACACCACCUUCGGCCAAGGCAUACAUACUCUUCACAUCCGGAUCGACUGGCAAACCCAAGGGCGUCAUCAUGGAACACGGCGCCCUCCUCUCAUCUCUCUCAACUAACGGCAAAGCCAUGAAGAUGUCGCGCCAAACCCGCACCAUUCAGUUCGCCUCCUACACCUUUGACGCAUGCAUCAUGGAGAUCUUUGGCGCGCUCUACUAUGGCGGCUGCAUCUGCAUACCCUCCGAAAAGGCUAGGAUGGGCAACCUCGCACAAACAAUGACCGACCUGCGCGCCAACUGGGCCUUCUUCACCCCGUCCUUCGUCAGGCUCCUCAAGCCCGAGGACGUGCCAACGCUGGAGACCCUGGUCUUGGGCGGCGAGGCCGUCACGCAAGAGGCGCUGAGCACGUGGACAGACCACGUCUCCCUCUUUGGAGGAUACGGGCCAACCGAGACCUGCAUCUUCUGCUGCGUGGAAGAGCUCACGCCAAAGACUGACCCGACGAGUCUUGGGGUUUCCGUCAGCGAGCGUCUCUGGGUCGCCGACCCGGCGGACCACAACCAGCUCAUGCCCAUCGGGGCGAUCGGCGAGCUCCUGGUCCAGGGUCCUACGCUCUCGAGCGGUUACUUGAGGAACCCGGAAAAGACGGCCGAGGUCUUUGUCGACAGCCCGACGUGGCUGGCUUCUUUCCCCGGCGAGUUGUCGCCGCGCAUGUACAAGACUGGUGAUCUUGUCCGGUAUACCGCCGACGGCAAACUGCAGUAUCUGGGACGCAAGGACACGCAAGUCAAGGUGCGCGGCCAGCGCAUCGAGCUGGGCGAGAUCGAGCACCAGGCCACUUCUCUCGCCGGAGGCGUCAACGUGGUCGCCGACGUCGUCAAGCAUCCCAACCGCCCCACCGCGCCCAGUGUCGCGCUCUUCCUGGUGUUUGACCAGGAUCUUCCUCAUUCCGAGUCCACCUUGACGCCACCAUCGGAAGAGUCUCAGUCGGAACUGAAGAGGCUCCAGGCUGCUCUGGCAGAGGUGCUUCCCUCCUACAUGGUUCCGACGCUACUUAUUCCAAUCAACAGGAUACCCUUCACGACAGCCGGCAAGACGGAUCGAUUGAGCUUGCGCCGCUUGGUCGCUGACUUUACGGAAGAACAAUUCCUCUUCUACUCUCUCGGGGAUGAAUCGGCCAAGCUCGCGACAUCGACACCCAUGGAAGCGGCGCUCGCUCGUCUAUGGGCCGUCGUCCUCAAGACUAACGUGGCUAGCAUAGGUGCCGACGACAGUUUCUUUAGGCUUGGGGGCGAUUCCAUUUUGGCCAUCGAGCUGUCGUCGCUGGCUAGACAAGAAGACCUUUCGCUGGAUGUGUCCACCAUCUUCCAACACCCAGUUCUCAGCGAUCUAGCGCUUCACGUGGGACGGGUUGACGGGGAUCUGACAUCACUCUCCUCUCACGUCGAGACGUUCUCGCUCACUGACGGAUCCGAAGCUGUCGUCAAGCACGCAGCAGAUGCAUGUGGCGUCGAGGAAUAUCGCGUUGAGGACAUCUACCCAUGCACUGCUCUGCAAGAGGGACUCAUGGCCCUUUCGAUCAAGACUCCGGGAUCCUAUGUCCUCCACAACAGCUUCGAUUUGCCCGACAACAUUGAUCUCCAGCGCCUUGAGACGGCGUGGAGAGCGACUCACGACCGGAUGCCGAUUUUGAGGACGAGAAUUUUCCAGACUGAAGACCAAGGGGUCUUGCAGGCCGUCAUUACUGAUGAGUUUCACUGGACCGUGGUAACGGAUGAAGAUGUUUCCGAGUUCGUCAACAAGGAUCGUCAGCGAACUGUCCGGUACGGGGACACGCUCUCUCGCCUUACGGUCUUGUGCCAUCCUGAUGGACAUAACUCCCUCAUUUGGAACAUUCAUCAUGCCCUCUACGACGGAUGGUGUCUGCCCCUCAUCCUGGCAAACGUCGAAGCGCAGUACGAGGGUCUGGAAACUCCGGCGACGACGCCUUUCAAUCGCUUCAUCAGGUACCUCACAACCACCGAUAUGAAGGCAUCAGAGACGUUCUGGGCAUCGACACUUGAUGGAUUCGUCGGUCCCUCGUUCCCUGCGAUUCCCAACGCUGCUUAUAGCCCCCGAGCAGACGACAUCGUCGACCGCCACAUUGACUUCCAGAGCAAUCGCUUGCAGAGUAACAUCACCGACUCGACAUUCGUCCGCGCAGCAUUGGGCAUCGUCAUCGCUCGGCAUACAAAUUCCCGUGAGACAGCCUUUGGCAUCACGCUGACCGGCCGCAACGCUCCGAUCCCGGGCAUACUCAAUCUUCCCGGCCCGACAAUUACCACUACGCCAUUCAAGGCUUCUUGGGAGCAAAGCACCACCAUUUCCGCCUUCCUCCAAUCAGUCCAGAGCCAAGCAACUGACAUGAUUCCCUACGAGCAGCUCGGUCUCCAGCGUAUCCGCCGCCUGAGCCCUAACGCUCGAGCAGCAUGCGACUUCCAGACCCUGCUCGUCAUCCAACCCGUGAAUCAGGAGGAGCGAGUCUCGGGCGGCAGCCUGAUGGGAACGAUGAGCGUGCAGACCGACUCCAAGGAGUUCCAGACCUACGGGUUGACAAUCGAAUGCAAGCUCGGUAGCGAGGGGAUGGUCAUGCACGCCCAGUACGACUCGGCCAUGCUGAGCCGCGUACAGGUUCAGCGGUUCAUGGAGCAGGUCGACCAAGUCAUCAACCAGCUGCAGCUGCAGGCACUAACGAGCCUACUCAUCGACGACAUCUCCAUCAUCACACCCAGCGAGGUGGAUCAGCUGGUCCGCUGGAACGGCCCCAUGCCCGCGGCCGUCGACCGCUGCCUUCACGAGACUUUCUCUGCGCAGGCAAAGAUCCGGCCUCAUGCUCCGGCCGUCAAUGGUUUCGACAGGGACUUUACGUACGCCGAGCUGGAUCACCUCUCCAGCGUCCUCGCACACCAGCUGCAGCUCAGGGGCGUCAAGAGUGGCCAGUUUGUUCCCUUCUGCUUCCGCAAGUCGGCGUGGAUGCCCGUGGCCACCAUGGCAAUUCUAAAGGCCGGCGCCGCUUGCGUGGCACUCGACCCGGCUCACCCGAUUGCUCGUCUACAGACCAUUAUCGGAGAAGUCAAGGCAACAAUGGUCCUUACUUCCGCGGGAGAAGAAGACAUCUUCCGCGGGAUUUUCGAAGACGACAUGAUCAUCACGCCAGAACUUCUCUCCAACGACCUGUCAACCCAGCCAAUGCCAACCCUCAGCCCUGUGAACCCAGAAGACCCAGCCUUCGUGGUAUUCACCUCCGGCUCGACCGGAAAACCAAAGGGCAUCGUCCUCUCCCACCGCUCCAUCAGCACAAGCUCCGCCGCCCACGGCCAAGCCUUAAACAUUGGCCCAUCUUCCCGCGUCCUCCAAUUCUCCGCUUAUACCUUCGACAUCAGCGUCCAAGACGUCUUCACGACCCUCGCCCGCGGCGGCUGCGUCUGCGUCCUCUCCGACUCGGACAGGGUCAACAACCUCCCCGGCGCCAUUAACGCCCUCCGCGCCAACUUUGCCGGCCUCACGCCGACCGUCGCCUCGAUGCUCGCUCCGGGCGACGUGCCCACGCUGCGAACCCUCGCGCUCGCGGGCGAGGCCAUGACAAAGUCCAACAUUGAGACGUGGCACGCCGAGGUCGAUGUGCACAACUGCUACGGUCCCGCCGAGUGUUCAAUCUACUGCGCUAGCAACGGGCCCUUUGGCGGCAGCGACGCUCCCAGCACCAUCGGUCGUCCCUUGGGGAGUCGGCUUUGGGUGGUUGAGGUACACGACCACAAUAAGUUGGUACCGAUCGGUUGCGAGGGCGAACUCCUCGUCGAGGGUCCCCAGGUCGGCAGGGGAUACCUCAACGACCCUGAAAAGACCGCCGCGGCGUUUAUCGAGAACCCCGCCUGGGCACAGUCCGAGAAUGGCUCGAUUCGCCGCAUGUACAAGACUGGCGAUGUUGUUGUUCAGAACACGGACGGAGUGUUUGAGUAUGUUGGUCGCAAGGACAACCAGGUCAAAAUCAGGGGUCAGCGUGUGGAGAUUGACGAGAUCGUCUCCGUCCUGCUCAACGAGUCUGACAUUGAUCAUGCCGCUGUCGUCAUCCCCAAGACUGGUCUUUGCAAGAAAUCGCUCGUGGCUGUCGUGUGCUCUUCAUCGGCGGGGGCUGCCAACACGGGGACAGACGCGAUGAAGAUGACUCAAGACUUGGAAGCUGCCAGGGCGUUGGUCUCGCGGCUACGGAAGCGGGCAUCGGAUAGCUUGCCUUCGUACAUGAUUCCAGAGGCUUGGAUGGUUGUGAACCAUUUGCCAAAGACAACAUCCAUGAAGGUCGACCGCAAGCGCAUCAACCAAUUCAUCGAAGAGGUGGAUGAGGUAACAUACCGCGAAAUGAUGGAUCUUGCAGUCGACGAUAUCUGCGAAUUCCGCCCGCCCGUUACUUCAAUGGAAAUCGUCCUCCGAGAUAUCCUCCAGAAAGUUCUCAACACGUCAGCCGACCUAAUCGAUAUGAGCCGGUCCUUCUUGGCUUCCGGCGGCGAUUCCAUAACGGCAAUGCAGACCGUCUCCAACGCCCGGGGUCGCGGAUUCAUUCUCAGAGUGGAAGACAUCCUGCUCGCAAAGGACCUGUCCGAAAUGGCUCUGAGCAUGACCACGGUGCUGCCCCAGGACGGCAUGGUCGACGUAAAAGAGCGUCCCGACGCGUCUUUCCUGCUCUCACCGACACAGGAGCUCUUCUUCCGCAGCACGCCCAAGGAUGAUAUCCGCUUCAACGAGAACGUGCUCCGGCUGGGCGUCAACGUCGUCGAGAGCGAUCUCCGCGACGCCCUGGACGCAAUCGUUCGUCAGCAGCCCAUGCUGCGCGCCCGCUUCGACCACGAGAGCGACCCGCGAACGCAGCGCGUCACCACCAAUGUCGAAGGCUCCUACCGCUACAGCGUCCACUCCAUCUCAUCGACCUCGGAGAUGGAAGCAAUCAUCACGACCACUCGCUCGUUCUUGAGUUCUUCUCUCGGCCCGCUGUUCGCCGCAGACCUCAUCGAUAUUGAGAACGACGGUCGCUACAUCUUCAUGACUGCCCACUUCCUCGUCAUGGACUCAUCUUCGUGGACAAUCGUCCUGGACGACAUUGAAUACUUCUUGCAGUUCAGAAAACUGAGAAACCAGGACGCUCCUCUGCCCUAUGAGCACUGGUGCCGGUCCCUGUCGUUUGAGCAGCAGGAUCUCCAGGAUGUCAGACCGACCGGUGACCUGGCUUACUGGGGCGUCAACGAGAACCAGGACGUCUUCGACCCUCAACUUCACACCGGCUUCUCUGUGAGCGCGAGCUAUGUGGAGGUGCUCCGAUCCAUCAGCGAAAAGGUCACGGGAAUCGAUCCGACGAUUGUCUUCCUGACAGCAAUCACCUACGCCUUCCAUACGACCUUUACCGACCGCGCUCCCCCUUCUCUAUGGCUCUACAUCGACGCUCGGAACGAUGCGGACGUUUUGCAAGACUUCUCCAACACGGUCGGCUACUUCACCGACUGGUGCAACCUCGACAUCGCCCUCUCUGGCGCAUCCGAUGCGAAUGACGCGCUCGCCUGUGCCAGACAAGCACGCCUAGAACAGAUGACUCGCACGGUGAACCGGGGAUUCGCGAGCCGUUUGCCGUUUGAAAUCACAUUCACGGGCAGUGAUCUCAGGCUGAGAAACGGCCGAGGACAAGCCCACAAGAUCCUGCAAAGGGUUCCAGACACGCAACUCUCCAUGGUUAGUCUCGCCGAGGGUGCUCGCCGACCGGGUCUCAUCAACAUCUCUGCGGCUUUGAACGAAGACGGCGGUGCCCAGCUUGACUUUGCGUUCCCGGACAAUAUGUCGCGCACCGAGGAGUUUAAGGCCUGGGUGUCUGCCACCGAAGGAGCUCUUUUACAACUCGUCGGCCAUCUCGAGAGUCUGCAGCCGCAGGUGAACUUGAGCCAAGGCUACCCCGUUCUCGACAGUCACAACGCGGUACAGACAUUCUCCCAUUCUACCGGCUCUAAUCAUCCCAGCCAUGAUUCAGUAGAGUAUAUCUACCCCUGCUCCCCCCUCCAACAAGACAUGCUCCUGUCAGAGGAAAAGCAAAGGGGAUACUACAACGCCCACUUCAUCUUCCAAAUCGCCGAUUCCGAGGGUGCCCCCAUCGACACCGCCAAGAUAGCGCUCGCCUGGCAGCAAGUCAUUGCCCGCCACCGCAUCCUCCGCACAGUAUUCUUCAAGGACUCCUCCCGCGGCAACCUCUUCACCCAGCUCGUCCUCAAGACGAUGCCCGCCACCGCGUCCACCAUCACCAUCCCUCCCGGCGAGGACCCCGAAGCACUGCUGCGAUCCCUCCCGCGGGUCGACGCGCGCGGCCUCCGGCCCUCGCACAAGUUGACGCUCUGCGCCACCGAUGACAACAAGUCCUUGGCCUCUCUUCAGAUCAACCACACCAUCAUGGACGCGCAGACCAUAGCGACCAUCAUCUCUGACCUCUCGAGCACAUACCACGGCCUGCAGCUCCAGACGGAACCCCCCCUCUACAAGGACUUCAUCUCCCACGUCCAACACAGCCCCCUAACCCACUCCCUCAAAUACUGGCGAAACUACCUCGCCGACGCCCCCAACCCAGACGCGUCGUCGCCCUUCUCCAGCGCAAAGUGUGCUCCUCGCUCAGGCAAACCACAGACCGUCUCCAUCCCAAUCACGCAAAUAAAAGACCUCGAGUUGCUCGCCAAGACAACCAAAGUCACCCUCGCCUCCGUCUUCCGCUCCGCCUGGGCGCUCACUCUCCACCAAUACACCGGCACCGACGACGUGGUCUUUGGCUACGUCACCGCGGGACGCCACGUGCCCGUCGCGGGCGCAGAGCACAUGGCCGGUCCGCUGCUGAAUAUGCUCCCCUGCCGGACCAGGCUGGACUCCGCGCCUUCUACGGUGUCGGCGGACCUACUGCGAGACGUGCACGCGGAUUACCUGGCGAGCAUGGCCCACGGGCUCGUCUCGCCCGUGCAAAUCGGCCGGGCACUCGGUCGAGCGCCGCCGUUGUUUAACACGCUGGUGAAUUUUAGGAGGCAUGGUUCUUCUGCUCACGAGGAUGUUGGGUCGGUCGGUUCGACGGCCGAGCCUAAUCUUUCUUGUGAGGUGGUUUGGUCUCAGGACCCUAUGGAGUUUGAUGUUGUUGUCGCUAUUGAUGACAAGGGCGGAGAGACGGUGGCUUCCUUCAGUUACUGGGACCAGAGCAUGACGAGGGCGGAUGCUGAGAGGGUGGCGGAAGAUUACCAAGUUUCCUUGUCUCUGAUUCUUUCGUCUGGGAGGAGUUCUUCAUUUGCAUAG